CUCCUCUUCCCCUCCGCCGCGGCCUGCCAUGGUCCGCAAACCCAAACAGUGUCUGCGCCGGCCGCUCGCCCGCCGCGCGUGAUCCUCGCCCCGCCGCCGCCCAGCGCUGCGCGCCCCGCCUGGCGGCCCUCGCCCGGCUGCUCCGGGCACCCGGCCUCGCGGAGCGAUGCUGCUGCUGGCAGCCGCCUUCCUCGUGGCCUUCGUGCUGCUGCUCUACAUGGUGUCUCCGCUCAUCAGCCCCAAGCCCCUCGCCCUGCCUGGGGCGCAUGUGGUGGUUACAGGAGGUUCCAGUGGCAUUGGGAAGUGCAUUGCUAUCGAGUGCUAUAAACAAGGAGCCUUUAUAACUCUGGUUGCACGAAAUGAGGACAAGCUGCUGCAGGCAAAGAAAGAAAUUGAAAAGCACUCUAUUAAUGAUAAACAGGUGGUGCUUUGCAUAUCAGUUGAUGUAUCUCAAGACUAUAACCAAGUAGAGAAUGUCAUAAAACAAGCACAGGAGAAACUGGGUCCAGUGGACAUGCUUGUAAAUUGUGCAGGAAUGGCAGUGUCAGGAAAAUUUGAAGAUCUUGAAGUUAGUACCUUUGAAAGGUUAAUGAGCAUCAAUUACCUGGGCAGCGUGUACCCCAGCCGGGCCGUGAUCACCACCAUGAAGGAGCGCCGGGUGGGCAGGAUCGUGUUUGUGUCCUCCCAGGCAGGACAGUUGGGAUUAUUCGGUUUCACAGCCUACUCUGCAUCCAAGUUUGCCAUAAGGGGAUUGGCUGAAGCUUUGCAGAUGGAGGUGAAGCCGUAUAAUAUCUACAUCACAGUUGCUUACCCACCAGACACAGACACACCUGGUUUCGCCGAAGAAAACAGAACAAAGCCUUUGGAGACUCGACUUAUUUCAGAGACCACAUCUGUGUGCAAACCAGAACAGGUGGCCAAACAAAUUGUUAAAGAUGCCAUACAAGGAAAUUUCAACAGUUCCCUUGGCUCAGAUGGGUACAUGCUCUCGGCCCUGACCUGUGGGAUGGCUCCAGUAACUUCUAUUACUGAGGGGCUCCAGCAGGUGGUCACCAUGGGCCUUUUCCGUACUAUUGCUUUGUUUUACCUUGGAAGUUUUGACAGCAUAGUUCGUCGCUGUAUGAUGCAGAGAGAAAAAUCUGAAAUUGCAAAUAAAACUGCCUAAUUCUUCUUACCCUUGGAAGAAGACUGUUUCCAAAUAAUUUGAACAGCUUGCUGCUAAAUGGGACUCAAUUUUUGACCAAUAGACACUUAUAUAUUGUUUUUGAAUAUCACAUUGGACCAGUGCUCUUCAGAAAUGUGGCUGCAAGCAAGGAGCUAGAAGUUCACCUCCUGACAAUAUUAUUAGUACUAUGCAAAUAUGGAAUAGGAGACCAUUUGAUUUCCUAGGCUUUGAGGUAGAGAGGUGAUGGUAUGAGAAUUAAUAGCAUGUCAACAAGGUGAAGAACAGGAUUCCAGAAUGAUCAUUCAAUUUUUUUCUAUUUAUUCUUUUUUGUCCCCCCUAGAGAUUAAGUCCAGAAAUGUACUUUAUGGCACAUAAAGAAAUCUUGAGGACUUCCUUUAAACCUUCCAUAAAAAACAGUUUUGGGUUUCUAGGGUUUUUUUUUUCUUUUUAACUUGGUGUAUUUUAUUCAAGAUAAGUUGGACCCAUUGCCAGCGAGUCUGAAUGUCACUAACAGCUCUGUGUUGUGCUCAGCACUCACUCUGCUGCUGGUGGAAACUCAUGACCUCUCUCUCUCUUUGAUCCCAUAAAGAUACGAGGGGGAUGAGAGAGGGCAGUGCAAUGGGAGGUAAAGAGAUGUUUUCUAGUUGGAAAAGCAAUGCUUUCUUGUCUUUAGACUGAAAUGCUGAGGGAACGUUUCAUUUCUCAUUCAUCAGGAAAGGCAGCCUCCUUAAAUGUUUUCAGAAGAGCGAUAAAAUCUAGAAACUUCAGAAUUUACAAUUCCUUCAAUAGCCAUGAUGACCUGAAGUUCACCUACUCCAUUUUAGCCUCCAUUUGUUCUUCCCAUCUCUUCCUUUCCAAUUUUGCUUAUACUGCUGUAAUAUUUUUGUAAAAAAAAAAAAAAAAAAAGGGAGAAGAAAAAAAAGACCAGCUAAAAUUUUUUUGACUUGACUUUUUAACUUAAUUCAUGAAUUAAUUAAAACAAAUGAAAAAAUUAAAAAGUGUGACAUUUUUCUCAGAGCAUAUAUGUAGCUUUUAGGAAGGGCUGAUGAUAAUAAGACGUUUACCCAUUAAGAAAAAAAGGCUGAUUUUGAAGAGGCUCGCUUUUGAAAUAAAAUGAUCACCUGUUCUUUCUGUGACUCUCCCGCUGAGCCUGCAGGCAUCAUCUUCAUACCACGUGCUAAGGAAGCCCACUCAUUACUGUAACUCUGUAGCCCUGGAGGCCCUCUUGGCCCCUGCAUGAUGUUUCCAGGUUAUGGGAUCUGUGUUCGUUGGAUUUCUACAGCAAGUGCCUCUGAUGAGUGUUAGCCAGCAUUCCCUGUUGCAUCCUGUUUGUCGUUCGUACUCGUCUUCCUUGCAUAUGUGGUAGCACAUUCCGUUCACUUCGGUGAGAAAAGACCUCUGUUUUUGAAGAGGAAACUUUCUUAAAUUGUAAAAUAAAACUUAAAAAACAAAAACUCUAUACAAAAAUUUAAGACCUAAAAAUUAUAGCAAACCUUUUUUUGCUCCUUUUUGAAGCUCUUGACUUUAAAUGAUUUAACUUUUUAAAGAUGUUUUAUGGCUUUAACCCAUGGUAUCUUUUUAUUAAGAUCUGAAAAUAGCAUAUUUAAAUACUAAUAGAUAGAGAAUAAAUUAUUGUUUAAUGUACAAAUUGCCUGGAAUGAUUUCA